AGUUUCUGGGCAGAGCAAGGGUGUGUGGGGGCCCUGCUGCCCAGCUGCUGUGAGGAGGGCAACCGAGGGCUGAAGGCUACACUGCGUGGCUCACCCCUCCCAGGCCUGGAGGCUGCAAAGCGUGUCCUGUGUGGGAAACAAAGCUGCAAGCCUAUCAGGGGCCCUGCCAGCACCGAGAGCCACCAGGGAGAUGAGUAACGUCUCAGAGCUCCUGGGAACAACCGGAGCACCCCUGGCACCCUCAGCCUGGCCACCACCCAGCCACCCAGCAGACAUGCCCAUGGUGCCUGCGGGGCCACAGGUGGACCGUGUGGACAACAGCUCCCAGGAAGCCCCCCAGCUCUUCCUCACCACUGCACUGGCCCGAGGUGUCUCUGGCGUCUUCGUGUGGGCUGCUCUGGUGCUUACCUGCCACCAGAUCUACCUGCACCUGCGCUCCUACACCGUGCCCUGUGAGCAGCGCUACAUCAUCCGCCUGCUGCUCAUUGUGCCCAUCUACGCCUUUGACUCCUGGCUCAGCCUCCUUCUCCUUGGUGGCCACCAGUACUACGUCUAUUUCGACUCUGUGCGUGACUGCUACGAAGCCUUCGUCAUUUACAGCUUCCUGAGCCUCUGCUUCCAAUACCUGGGGGGCGAGAGCGCCAUCAUGGCUGAGAUCCGGGGCAAGCCCAUCAAGUCCAGCUGCUUCUACGGCACCUGCUGCCUCAGGGGCAUGUCCUACUCCAUUGGCUUCCUGCGCUUCUGCAAGCAGGCCACCCUGCAGUUCUGCAUUGUGAAGCCCAUCAUGGCCUUGACGACCAUCGUCCUCCAGGCGUUUGGCAAAUACCAUGAUGGGGACUUCAAUGUCCACAGCGGCUACCUGUAUGUGACCCUGGUCUACAACACCUCAGUCAGCCUGGCCCUCUACGCGCUGUUCCUCUUCUACUUUGCCACCAGGGACCUCCUGCAGCCCUUCGAGCCGGUCCUGAAGUUCCUCACCAUCAAGGCGGUCAUCUUCCUCUCAUUCUGGCAGGGACUGCUUCUGGCCAUCCUGGAGAAGUGUGGGGUCAUCCCUGAGGUCCAGGCCAUCGAUGGUGCCAGGGUAGGGGCUGGCACGCUGGCCGCCGGCUACCAGAAUUUCCUCAUCUGCAUCGAGAUGCUCUUUGCCUCCAUAGCCCUACGCUAUGCCUUCACCUGCCAGGUGUAUGCCGAGAAGAAGGAGAACUCUGCAGGUCCCCCAGCACCCAUGCAGAGCAUCUCCAGUGGCCUCAAGGAGACCAUCAGCCCCCAGGACAUCGUCCAGGAUGCCAUCCACAACUUCUCCCCUGCCUACCAGCAGUACACGCAGCAGGCCACGCAUGAGGCCCCAGUGCCUGGCCAGGGUGGGCACUCUUCACCCAGUACCCACGCUGGUAUGGCCUGCAGCCCUGGUGGAGGCCGGAGGAGCCGGAAUGUGGAGAAGCGCAUGCUGAUCCCCGCAGAGGACCUGUAGGGACCUGGGCGGCCCAAGCCUCUGGGAUGAACAGGGGCCUCCCACCAACACUCUUACCAAAGGCCUCUGGAGAGCCCUCCUCUCCUGUGUCCUGCCCCAAGUUGGGUGCUCAGUGGGCGCCCUGACCCAGGAAAGGCACCUGGGCACAUCAGACAAGCCUGAGAAUGCACUGGGUGAUCGGCCAUCAGCCACAGUAGGCCACUGAGGGAGAGGUGCUAACGUGGCCCAGGGAACUUGAGAGUUGACUGUUCCUUGGAAGGGACAGGCAAAGAUGCACAGUCAGGCUGUGUAGCUACAAAGAGAGAUACUGGGGACUUGCUGGGCAGCCUGGCCUGGGACAGCAGAAGAAUCACAAGUGCUGAGGGCUGAGACUCUCAGGCGGGGCCUGGCAGGGGUCACAUUGGGCAUAUGGCACAGCCACAGGUACAGCCCACCACAAAGAGCCUUGGGGCAACAGGCAAGCCUGGAUGGUGACCUGCUGCUCCCCAUGGAACCGCCUUAUUUAUAAACACCUUGGACUUUCUAA